GAGCACACGCUGGCUUCAGUUCUUUUUUGCUCUUCGUGUGGUUCGUGUGUGUCGUUUUAAGUUACGGUAAUUUUAAUGUGUGUUAAGGCGGCGGCAUUGGAGAAUCUCUAAAGAAUAAAUCGUGGCUGCCGUACGAAAUUCAAACUUGAAAAAAAAAUAAUAAUAACAACAACAAAAAUAAUUGUUUUAUUUAGCAAACAUUCUUAUUGGAUCGUUGUGUGUUUUAUUUAUUUCGCGUUGAAUAGUGAAUGGUAGUAGUGUGUUGUUUUAAUUCAAAGAAGAAAUAAAAAAGAAGAAGAAUAUUUGCCAAAAAGCAAAAAACCCCACCACAGUUAUGAAAUACAAUCAACAAUUGUAAUAUUAGAACCAAUAACCAAAACGACCAGCCACCGAAUUAUUAUCAGUAAAUCCUAAGCUGGCUAUAGGAUCAUCGAAUCGUUACAAUGCAAUCGGUUAAACCAAAUGAAUUGCCGCAAAAUCCCUACGAGCGGACGAACAUAUUGGCACGAUUAUGUUUUUGGUACACACUGCCAACAUUUUUUAAGGGACGUAAAAAAACUCUAGAUACCAAAGAUCUCUAUCGGGCAUUAAAUGAACACAAAUCAGAAACCCUGGGAAAUGAAAUGUGCCAGUCAUGGCAAAAGGAAUUGGACAAAAAGGCGAAUUCCAAGAAACAGCCCAGUCUACUGAGAGCCACAACGCGUGUGUUCGGUUGGCGUUUUGCCUUUUUGGGAUUUUUAUUAUUCAUUCUGGAAUUGGGUUUAAGAACGUCACAACCGCUGUUUCUCAUGGGCCUGAUAGCUUACUAUUCGAAGGGUGAACAAGAGAUACAAACGGCUUAUCUGUAUGCCGCGGGAGUUAUAGCGUGCAGUGCGGUGAAUGUCAUGUUUAUGCACCCCUACAUGCUGGGCACGAUGCAUGUGGGCAUGAAGAUACGCGUGGCCAUGUGCAGUCUGAUCUAUCGAAAAUCGUUGCGCCUGAGCAAGACUGCUCUGGGAAGUACCACUGCUGGUCAGGUGGUCAAUUUGAUAUCGAAUGAUGUUGGACGUUUGGAUUUGGCAACGAUUUUCAUCCACUACCUUUGGGUGGGACCCAUGGAGACGUGCCUGAUAACGUAUCUGAUGUAUAGAGAGAUUGGCAUUGCAGCUGUAUUUGGUGUGGCCUUUAUGUUGAUGUUUAUCCCCCUGCAGGGUUGGUUGGGCAAAAAAACAUCCGUUCUGCGUCUGCGUACCGCCUUGCGUACCGAUGAACGUGUCCGCAUGAUGAAUGAAAUCAUCUCCGGCAUACAGGUCAUUAAAAUGUAUGCCUGGGAGUAUCCCUUUGGCAAGAUAGUGGCCUAUGCCCGCAAAAAGGAGAUCAACAGCAUUCGUCACUCGUCGUAUAUUCGCGGCAUCCUCUUGUCGUUCAUAAUGUUCCUAACUCGCGUAUCGAUUUUCCUCAGUUUGGUGGGCUAUGUUCUGUUGAGUAAUUUCCUAACACCGGAACAGGCCUUUGUGAUAACAGCCUAUUAUAAUAUUUUAAGGACAACGAUGACAGUAUUCUUUCCUCAGGGUAUCUCUAUGAUGGCUGAAACAUUGGUCUCCAUAAAACGUAUUCAAAACUUUAUGUUGUACGAAGAAACUCAGGUUGUGGACAAAUCUGCCGAUUAUAUUAACUAUGAUGGCAGUAAUCAGUCGACAGUGGUGAAAGAUGAUGAUAAAAUCUUGGAAGAAGAAGAUGCCGAAAAACAGCCACUGGUCUCAAAUGGUCAUGCCACACUUUCACAGGCUGGCAUUUUCAUCAGCAACGUAAAGGCCAAAUGGGAUCCCGAUGUAAGCGAAUACACUUUGGAUGAUGUCAAUUUGCGUGUACAACCCGGCACCUUGGUGGCCAUUAUUGGCCCAGUUGGCUCGGGAAAAUCGAGCUUAAUACAAAGUAUCUUGGGUGAACUAAAGCCGGAAUCGGGUACAAUUGCAGUAAAUGGUACAUUUUCGUAUGCCUCACAAGAACCAUGGCUAUUCACCGGCACCGUACGACAGAAUAUAUUGUUUGGACAACCGAUGGACAGAAGACGCUAUCAUGCUGUGGUGAAAAAGUGUGCCUUGGAAAGAGAUUUUGAAUUGCUGCCGUAUGGUGAUAAGACCAUUGUUGGCGAACGUGGUGCCUCAUUGUCGGGUGGUCAAAAAGCUCGUAUCAGUUUGGCUCGCGCUGUGUAUCGUAGAACAUCAAUUUAUCUUCUGGAUGAUCCUCUCAGUGCUGUUGAUACCCAUGUGGGACGUCAUUUAUUCGAUCAGUGUAUGCGUGGCUUGUUGCGUGACAAUAUUGUGGUCCUGGUGACACAUCAACUGCAAUUCCUACAGUCAGCCGAUCAGAUAGUCAUCAUGGAUAAGGGUCGUGUUUGUGCUGUGGGUACAUAUGAGUCGUUGCGUGAAAGUGGCCAUGAUUUUGCUCAAAUGUUGGCCGAUCCGGAAAAUGAUGAAUCAAUGGAAGCUGCAAAAUCCCGUCCUAGAUCAGGAAGUCGUCUAAUCGAUCGUCAAAAUAGUGUGGCAUCUAUUAACUCAGUUGCCGAUUCAACACUGGAUGAUACACCCACCCAGGUGCAGGAAACCCAGGAAGAGGGCAAAAUUGGACUAGAUCUCUAUAAGAAAUAUUUCAAGGCAGGCGGAGGAUUCUUUAUGUUUUUCGUUAUGUUAGUGUUUUGUAUAAUGUCUCAGGGCUUGGCUUCAUGUGGUGAUUAUUUCCUGUCUUAUUGGGUAAAUAAAAAAGGUUCGUUGGAGGCCAAACGUGUGGAAUAUGUAACUGCUGCCGCCCUUAAUGACUCCUUACAUGGAACAUCCACCACCACCAUGGAUCCCCUAGCUUGGUCAUCGUCACACCAAACGGAGACAAGCCUUUCCAAAUGGUUGUCCCAGUAUGGUAUUCACAUACAUCCAGAAAUGCUUGACAUCUACAUCUUCACGAUUAUAACAGUUGCCACCAUUGUCAUAACAGUUACACGUAGUUUUCUAUUCUUCAAUGUGGCCAUGAGAGCAUCGCAGAACUUACACAAUUCCAUGUUUAGGGGCAUCACCCGGGCGUCCAUGUACUUCUUCAAUACAAAUCCCUCCGGCCGUAUACUUAAUCGUUUCUCCAAAGACAUGGGUCAAAUCGAUGAGAUUCUGCCAUCUGUGAUGAUUGAUGUGAUACAAAUUUUCCUAUCACUUUUUGGCAUUGUCGUUGUCAUAUCUGUGGUCAAUCCCCUGUAUCUGUUGCCCACAUUUAUACUGGCCAUUAUAUUUUAUAAUCUGAGGACAUUCUAUCUGAAGACAUCACGAAAUGUUAAACGUUUGGAAGCCAUUACUCGUUCCCCCAUCUAUUCACAUUUGGGUGCAUCCCUGACGGGCCUAUCCACGAUACGUGCAUUUGGUGCCCAAGGCGUUCUAAUCAAGGAAUUCGAUAACUACCAGGAUCUACAUAGCUCUGCCUUUUUCCUCUUCAUUAGUACAUCACGUGCCUUUGGCUAUUGGCUGGAUUGUUUCUGUGUCAUCUUCAUAGCCAUUAUCACCUUGAGUUUCUUUGUGUUUGCCCCAGAAAAUGGUGGCGAUGUGGGUUUAGCCAUUACCCAGGCAAUGGGUAUGACGGGCAUGGUACAGUGGGGAAUGAGACAAUCGGCAGAAUUGGAAAAUACCAUGACUGCGGUGGAACGUGUUGUGGAAUAUGACGACAUUGAUCCUGAGGGUGAAUUAGAAUCGGCCGAAGACAAGAAGCCACCCAAAACAUGGCCCGAGGAAGGCAAGGUGGUAUUUGACGAGUUAAGCUUGCGCUACUUCCCAGAUCCCAAAUCGGAAUAUGUCCUAAAGUCACUGAACAUUGUAAUUAAGGCUCGUGAAAAAGUGGGUAUUGUUGGACGUACCGGUGCUGGCAAGUCAUCCCUGAUAAAUGCCCUAUUCCGUUUGUCCUAUACCGAUGGUUCCAUCAUCAUUGAUUCCCGCGAUACAAAAUCAAUGGGCUUACACGAUUUGCGUAGCAAAAUCUCCAUUAUACCUCAGGAACCGGUACUCUUUUCGGGAACAAUGCGUUAUAAUUUAGAUCCAUUUGAUGAAUAUUCCGAUGUCAAACUAUGGGAAGCUUUGGAAGAGGUCCAACUGAAGAAUGUUGUCUCCGAAUUGCCGAAUGGUUUACAAACCAAAAUCUCAGAGGGCGGUUCCAAUUUCAGUGUCGGCCAACGCCAAUUGGUUUGUUUGGCUCGAGCCAUUUUACGUGAAAAUCGUAUUUUGGUUAUGGACGAGGCCACCGCCAAUGUUGAUCCCCAAACGGAUGCAUUGAUUCAAACCACCAUACGUCACAAAUUUAAACAUUGUACCGUCCUAACGAUAGCCCAUAGACUGCACACGGUCAUGGAUUCGGAUAAAGUGUUGGUCAUGGAUGCUGGUCAAGUGGUGGAGUUCGGUUCACCCUAUGAACUGUUGACGGAAAGUGAAAAGAAUGUAUUCCAGGGCAUGGUAAAGCAAACGGGAAAAUCUACAUAUGAAAAUCUAUUGAAAGUAGCACAAAAGGCCCAUGAGGAAACACUGAAACAAAAAAUGGAUUAGAAGAAUACAGGGAUUGUUGUUGUUUGUAUUUAUGCACAAUAACAUCAACAACAAGGACAGUUUGCUUCUUGCCAUUACUUAAAUCAUGCCAAUUUAUUUUUUCUUGAAAAGACUAAGUAUAAGUACAGACAGGCCUUGUUCUCCAAAUGUAAUCAUAACUGUGAGCUGUUUAAUUUUAAGUCAAACGGAAUAUAUCUUUGCACGUAUGUUUGUUUGUAUUUUCGGAUUAGAUGUUUUUUUUAACUAAUUAUUGUCUAAAGAGAAUAUGUAUGAAUGUUUCCUUUGUAAAUGUGUACAAACCAAAAGAGAGAAAAUAACACAAAAUAGGAUGUGUUGAUGUUGUUAAACUACUAAUCUAAGGCAUUCACAAGAUAGAGAGAUAAAAAGUUAUUUCCUUUUUUUAUAACACACAAAUUUUAAGUUGUUUUUUUUUCUAUAAUACAAACAUAUAUAAGAAUAAGAAAUAUAAAUUUAAGUUUUCUUCCAUCUACGAUCUACACUAAAAUAAUUUAUAUAAAAACCAUCCAUAUAUACAAGAAAAACAAAAUAAAAUUUACACGUAUGCAAUGUGCCUUUAGAUAUUUAUGUACUAACUAACUCUAUAUACCUAGGUAUUAAAUGUUAAAAGCAAAGCAAAAUAACAAUAAAAUGUACAAUGUGAAACCAAAAAAAUUGAAACAGAAAAGAAAUGAAGAAUGUAAGGAAGAAACAAACAAUCAAAUUAAAACAAAACAAAAAAAACUAUAAACAUUUAAAUAAAAACGUCCAAAAAUGAUAUUUAUUAAAAUUAAA